AUUUGAAGUAGCUUUGCAUUCUUUUGUUACUGUAGCUGCAAUCACUGCAUGCAUACUGAUAUAUACAUGUAAAGGUGUACCUGGUUCUAUUGACCUUUACAUGAUAAUGUGCGUUAACAUCACUCUACUCCAUUUGUAUGUGUUGUUUGUAAUUUGAAAUUCAAACAGCCUCAGGUUACUCAUAACAUCUCCUUAUAAGGAUUCACUGUUGUGAUAGAGUAAAUGUAUCCGGUCAGCUUAUACAGUAGCUUCUUGUGCCAAGAGAAGCACUAAAGCAAGGAUGGCUAUACCACAAGUACAGUCUGAACCAGAGUUAGAUCCACCAGUAGAGUUUGGUACAAUAAUGGAUCCUGUUCAUGGAUCCAUACAACUUGAUAAAUAUUUGUUUAAGAUUAUUGAUAGACCAGAAUUCCAGAGACUGAGGAAGAUCAAGCAAUUAGGUGGUGUGUGUUAUGUGUAUCCUGGAGCCACUCAUACAAGAUUUGAACACUCAAUUGGAGUCUGUCACAUUGCUGGUCAGUUAGUGACAGCAUUACAUGAGGAUGGCACAUGGUUUACAAAGGAAGAGAAGAUGUGCGUGCAAAUUGCUGCACUCUGUCAUGAUGUUGGACAUGGGCCUUAUUCACAUCUUUAUGAUAUUGCUAUUGAAGAAAAUUUUCCCGAACUGGAAGCGGAAAAUGCGCAACAUGAGUAUAGAUCAGCAUCUAUUACUAAACAAAUAAUGGAAAACCUCAAGACUACCAAAGAAAUGAAUGAUUUAACUAGGUGUGAUCACUGGAUAAGCAUAUAA